AUUUCUUGUUCUAGAUAUUGUAUCCAAGCAAAGCUACUGUGCAGCAGAUCCGGUGCCUGUGCCCGGUUGUUAGCACGUCGGCGACAGACUCGCCACCGCGACGCGCCUGCCGCGUGCCGCGCGCUUCCUCGGCACGGCAAGCAAGCCCAAGAUUCGAUUCCCCCGCCACCCCAUUCUCACGGCGUCUCCGCUGCCCACCCACCCUCUUCCUGGUCCCCCCGAGAUCACGAGACCACGCCACUCUCUCGCUCGCUUUUGGCCGCUGCAAGAUUCACGGUUGCCGAGAGAUCUGCCGAGCCGAGCUGAGCUGUGCUAAGCUUACUCUGCUCUGCUCUAGUUCACCUCAUGCCGCCGAGGUAGCUCCAGCGGCGAGCCGGCGGCAGCCACAGCCUCCUCGUUCCCGGAGAUGAAGCAGCGGAGGUUCGGCUACGGCCGGGGCAGGCGCGCCGCGGCGCUGCUACUGCUGCCGCUCCUGCUGCUGCUGUGCCUCUGCCUGAGCAGCCUCUUCAUCCUCCUGCUGCACGGCUCGUCCGCGCCCCUGGAGGCGGCGGCGGGAGGGGUGGACGCCCAAGCGGAGGUUGAGGAGGCGCCGCUGCCGCCGGGAAACACCAGGGUCGCCUUCCUCUUCAUCGCCCGCAACCGCCUCCCGCUCGACCUCGUCUGGGACGCCUUCUUCCGCGGUGACAAGGAGGGGCGGUUCUCCAUCUUCGUGCACUCGCGGCCAGGUUUCGUGCUCACCCGCGCCACCACCCGAUCCCACUUCUUCUACAACCGCCAGGUUAACAACAGCAUCCAGGUGGAUUGGGGGGAAGCGAGCAUGAUCACGGCGGAGCGCAUUCUGCUCAGUCAUGCUCUCAAGGAUCCGUUGAAUGAGCGCUUUAUUUUCGUCUCUGAUAGCUGUGUACCAUUGUACAAUUUCAGCUACACUUACGACUAUAUAAUGUCAUCAUCAACCAGCUUCGUAGACAGUUUUGCUGAUACAAAGGCAGGGCGAUACAAUCCAAGAAUGGACCCAAUUAUCCCAGUGGAGAAUUGGAGAAAAGGCUCACAGUGGGCUAUGCUAAUUAAAAAGCAUGCUGAAGUUGUGGUUGAUGAUGAAGUGGUGUUACCAGAAUUUCAGAAGCAUUGCAGGAGGAGGCCCUUGCCAGAGUUCUGGCGGGAUUGGGAUCGUCCUAUUCCUGCGGAGGCAUGGAAAGCCCAUAACUGCAUACCAGAUGAACACUAUGUUCAAACGUUGCUUGCACAAACUGGUCUUGAAGAAGAACUUACACGGAGAUCAGUUACACAUAGUGCAUGGGAUCUUUCAUCUUCCAAAGAUCGUGAAAGACGUGGAUGGCAUCCUGUAACAUAUAAAGUCUCUGAUGCUACUCCUGCACUUAUAAAGUCUAUAAAGGAUAUUGAUAAUAUAUAUUAUGAGACUGAAAAUAGGAGGGAGUGGUGUACAAGUAACGGAAAACCAGCACCUUGCUUCCUUUUUGCAAGGAAGUUCACACGUGGAGCUGGUCUGAAGCUUCUUAAUUCAUCGUUGAUAGCAACAAAGUGAUGAAUAUAGUCACAAGGGCAAGUGCCUUUUAAUGGUUUUACCCUUACUAGAAUACUCAGUUCGAAUAAAUGUAAAGGAAGGUACGGGCCUAUAGGGGAGACAGAAGAUAAAAACGUUUUUUUUUUUUUUGGUUCAGUGUGUGGGUAUCAUAUUAAUUUGUUGCUCCGUAGAAAGAUACAAUACAUGUUGUAAAGCAGUAGCUUUGUUUCUUUAACACGUAGGCUAGUACAUCACCAACCCAAGACUCCGCAUUGUAACAACGGUCCAGCAGUUGGUUAUGGAAUCCUGAGAAAAAUUUUCGGCAAAAUUAUGAAUAAAUGUUCUAUCGUACUGUUUGCAUAUUA